CUCGCUCACCAUCUUACAUCCUUACACAGACAGAGCUAUUAGGUCUUGGUAGCGAAGGAAGAAACAUGGCGGCUUCACGAGCUUUCACUUCACUGCUUGCCGUGACAGUGCUGGUCCUAGUUUCCUCCACAAUGCCUCGUGUUAUGGCCUCUGACCCGGGUCCUCUCCAGGACUUCUGCGUUGCUGAUCUGAUGAACCCUGUGUUUGUGAACGGGUUCGUGUGCAAGAACCCGAAGCUGGUGACGGCGAACGACUUCUUCCGUCCCGGCCUCAACGUCCCAGGGAAGCUAAACGCUCAGGGCUCCGCUGUGACGGCGGUGUCGGUGCUGCAACUUCCUGGCCUCAACACCUUGGGCAUCUCGAUGGUGCGCAUUGACUUCGGCCCCAACGGGCAGAACCCGCCGCACACACACCCGCGUGCCACGGAGAUCCUGACCGUGAUCAAGGGCCAGCUCCUCGUCGGUUUCGUCACCUCCAACCAGCCCGACGGCAAGAACCUGCUCUUCACCAAGCAGCUGGUGGAGGGCGACGUGUUCGUCUUCCCCGAGGGGCUCAUCCACUUCCAGCUCAACAACGGACCCAACCCCGCCGUCGCCAUCGCCGCGCUCAGCAGCCAGAACCCCGGUGUGAUCACCAUCGCCAACGCCGUGUUCGGGUCCACGCCGCCUAUUAGUGAUCUGAUCCUCGCCAAGGCGUUCAUGACCGAGAAGGCGACGGUGGACUGGAUCCAGUCCCAGUUCGCGCCGGCCGCUGCCGGCGGCGGCGGCAAUAUGACCGGUGGUGGUGGCGGCGGCUACUAUCCCGGCAUGGGCAAGAAGCCCUAAUUAAGGCCGGCAUUCCAUGACCUUACUAAUAAUUUAAGAUCGAUACAACAUUUGCUAGUAAACAAAACAUAUCAAAGCCACUGUAUGUUGUACCCUGUACUCCGCGUGCUAGUAAUGUCGAAUAAACAGUGGCGAAAUAUUGCAUUGAUGUACUUGGUAGCUAAAAUCUGCCUGCUGCCUUUACUAUAUGUGGAAUAAAAUUCAAAGGGUUUGUGUUUC